AUGGGGCUGAACGGCCUGGCUUUGGGUUCGCUGCUGCGCGGCUCCGGCGGCUCCGGCUCCGACGGCUGGGCGUUGGCGGGCCUUGGCCACUGCGGCUCCCGAGCGGAGCAACGUUUGGAGACGAAUCUCCAACUCUGCCUCCAGCACUGCCAGGAAUCCGUGCGCUGCUCCUACGCCUCCUUUCUGGACACUACGGUGGUGAGGGAAGGAAGCCGGAGCUUGACGUGGGGACUCUGCUGGAUCUAUGGCACCUGCCCCAAGCUGCUCAGCACUUUGCCCGGCUUUGCCACCUUUCGAAGGCGGCGUUUAAACGACGUAGGCUCCGCUCUAACGCACCGGGAAGAGGAGCCGCCUAUGGCUUCGAAAGCGGAUCCGGAGCCCGGAAGCUGGGGAGCUGCAGUGGAAGCGACCCGGGCGCCGCACGUGGAGGUAACCUUGGCCCUGAGCCCCUCCCUGGCGGAGUCCUUAAAAGAUCGCUUCGAGCACCGCCAGCUCUGCGUGGCUCUGAGAGAUGGGAGGAAUCCGAGGCUCUUGGCGAAGGCUCCCGGCAGCUGCAAUGACGGUGAGGAUGCGAGCGCCGGCGCAUCGCUUUUCCAGGUGAGGAGAGUGCAAAGCGCUGGCGAGUCUGGCGAGGCUGCGCUCCGGCGUUCCGUUGGUCCCCAGGAGUUGGUCUCCGUUCUUGUGGAGAUCUCUUGGAGAGACCACAAGCUUUGUGUUGGCAAAGAAGGGCCCAGAAACAUCUCCCUCUCCCGAGACUGCGGAGCGGGUGCAGGCGGUGCAGGCGGCGCAGGCGGCGCAGCCUCGCUUUGGGAGCUCCAGAGGGCCGGCGAGGGCCACGAGAGCCUUCCCAGCGAGCCUUGCCUUUGGCUGAAAGCGAAAAGCCAGGAGCAGGGUCAUGAAAACCAGCAGAGCUACUUGGCCCUGCAGGACUGGAGAGACUUGGUCUUGGUGAGUUGGCCUGAGCUCGGCGCAGGCGGAUGCUGGCACAUGGGAGGAAAGCAAACCUGGACGGAGCAGCACUUCGAGAAGAGGGAAACAGCGGAGAGCACGGCGGGCAGGUCGAGCGUUUCUGCGGUGGUUUGGCUGAUGGCGUCGGAGAGCUACAGCUUCGCUUUGAAGAGGCUUCUCUCCUCUUUCAGGCAAGCCGGAGAGGCUGUGAGAGUGCAGGUGCGUUGGGUGCCGGACAUGAAGGACACGCAGAAGGAGGGCUUCAAGCUCAUGGGAGGUUUCUCGCCGAGCUACAAAGUCUUCUAUUUCAACUACGCCAAGUACCUCUUCCUCUUCGAGGCUUUGCUAGAAGCUGUGACGGCCGAGGAGACGCCGCUGCUGGUGGUCAUGGACUUGGACGUCCAGGUCUUCCCGGGUUGGACGAGCACUUUGCGACGCUGCCUCGUGGAUGAUGGACUGAAGCAAAGCGAAGAGGAGAAGAAAGAGGAAGAGUGCAAAGUUCCCUCGGAGACUGGAGCGGAUGUGUGCUUCUUGCAGCAGGCGGCUUUUGGGGACGGGCGCCUGCAGCAGGCCAACAGCGGUGUCCUGGUCUUCGGCUCAGGGAAAGGGGGCCCAGCAUCCUCCCAGGCCUCCCUGUCGCUAGGGAGGUUCGGUGCCUUGUUGGGUGCCUUGGUGCAGCGGCUGCAGAGUCAGGAGGUCUUGGCACAGCUCCUGCCGAGCUCCGAGCCGGUUGCCUUCGAGCAGCUGCACUUGAACUACGUCUUAAACUUCAUCCGAAAGCACGUGGAGCGACCCAAGGAGCGAGACCUCCAGCUCCGCGUGGUCCGCUGGGGGAUCUACUCGCCCUUGGUGGCUUACGCCGGGAUGUUCCUGACACACGCCAUCCUCACGGAUACGGUGCACCACGCCACGGCCAGCAACGUGAAUCUAAAGGAGAAGCUCCGGUUUCUGGAAGCGGCCAAGCUCAUGUCGGAGGACUUCAGGCAGCUCUGCCCACUGAACUUUGAGGGGAAGAUCAUGCUCGAAAGCGGCGGGGGGCCUCUAAGAGAGUUCUGCUUCUAUUUCACGGCCAAAGAUCCCCACUUCGGGCCUCUGCUCCCACAUCACAAGCUUUUUCAGGGCUUCUCGGAAGAGGACAACGGGAAGGUCUUGGAGCAUCUCAUCUCCAGGGCAAAGGGCCGCAAGGCCUGGAUCCAGCUGAUCAUCCACUUCAACGAGCGUGGCUAUAAGCGCUGGUGCAAGGCACGGCAGAACACCUCGCAGACGCUUCGGACACUCCUGGAACUGCCGUACUGA